AGGGACAUGUCACCUUCAGUUAACAGUUUGAGUUAUUGUUAUCAAACACUCGCGAUUCCUCUUCAGCUGGUUUCUGGUUCAAGAGUUCAACGUCAGCUGACUCGCCAUCUUCACUCAUUGACACAAACUCACACAACUAUUGAUCGAGACCCACCAAAUAAGUUGAAAUGAUAGAGGGUGGUGCAAGAAUCAGGCUGAGCAGGUGGCAACAGGCAGCAGUUGCGCUGGGUUCAGCGGUGGGUGCAUUGGUAGACCCGAGAAGAGCUGAUUUAAUUGCAGCUCUUGGUGAAACCACCGGCAAACCUGCUUUUGAAAGGGUUCUUCAGAGAAUGAAGAAUAGCCCAGAAGGCAGAGCAUUACUUUUGGAGAGACCACGUGUAAUAUCGGCAAAUGUAGGGCAUGCGUGGGAUUUGCCACCAAACACAUUUGGUGCUGCCUAUGCUAGAUUCAUGGGAUCCAGGAACUUUUCUCCUGAUGACCGUCCGCCAGUGCGUUUCAUGGACACAGAUGAAUUGGCAUAUGUAGCCAUGCGGGCUCGUGAGGUGCAUGAUUUCUGGCACACCCUAUUCGACCUGCCCACCAACCUAAUCGGAGAGUCAGCACUGAAGGUGAUAGAAUUCGAGCAAAUGUAUCUUCCAAUGUGCAUAAUGUCGGUCGUGGGCGGCACAGCAAGAUUCAAUGAGAAGCAGAGAAGACUGUUCUUGCAGCAUUACCUUCCAUGGGCAGGCCGAGCUGGAAUGCAGUGCACGGAUCUCAUGUGUGUAUAUUACGAGAAGCACUUUCAUGAAGAUCUAGAUGAAGUCCGCAGGAAAUGGGGUAUCUCUCCUGCCCCUGUUGCUCCUAAACAAAAUGCACACAUCACAGAUAUCUAAAAGUUGAGCUAAGCUGAAAGAUAUAAUCUAGAAGACCCUAACAUUGUGGUCUGGGGAACCACAUAAACGAUCGGAACAUGGUCAACACAACUGCAGUCUUAUAAUGAGCCUCCUAGUCAAUGCUUGCUCAGAGUCUGAUUUUUAUUGAAGUGGUGUUGAAAGUCUAUCUAAUUCUUCUAAUGUUAUUUCAUUUAUUUGGUUUUAGCACUGCCAGGAUUUUAGCAUUAGCAUUGCAACCAGUGAGAUUUUGUUUACUCGUUCUCCUGAACCAUGUAUAGUUUUAUUUAAGGAAGCUACAUAGCUGUUUUUUUUUUUCAUUUGAUGCUCCAGUCACCCGUUGAUACGAGUUCUUUAUUUCAAUGUUUAGUUCCUGUAUUUAAACAUAAUUCUAAAACUCUAUAUUUAUUGUUUUAUUA